GCAUAAUUUCUUUGAACUCCUCAUUACAGAUUAUUAUUAUUAUUAGUCAUUCUUACUAUUCUUCCAAUUAUUAAUAACGAAAUUUCACAGGAUUAAUAACUUUCAUUUAAAAAAAAAUGACUACAGGAACGUCAGCAACAACAGGAGAGAAGGAAUCAUGAAACACUGUCCGUGGAUCAUCUUAUUUCAAACAAUUUAUUCAGUUAUCAAUUUGUCUACAAGCAAAUUUCUAUGAUCUUGAAUUCAACCAGUACAUGAAUAUAUGUAUGUAUUAAUGAUCUAAAAGUUUACAUGAUAAAAAAAGUUAUUAAGGCUAGCAAACUAUUAGAGUCUUCUCUGUUAUGGAAUUGAAAGUGUUGAAACCAUAAUAACUUCACCUCUAGGAGAUUUAAAGUUUAGUUAUUUCAAAAUGUUAUUUUGUUAUCUUGGAGAUUAGUGUAAAGUUUUGCCGUUAUGUAAAAUGGUUUAACAAAUAGAAAACGAUGGUUGAUCAUAGAGGUCAUGAAAUGCAUAAGUCAAAUCAGAGUAACAUUAGUACAAGUGUCACAAGUCAAGUUAAUGAUAUAUCAGUUUCAAAUACAGUCUGUAUAGGUAACAAUAAUAUAUCGACUGAUAGGUUUCGGGAUGAUAAUCUCGAAGAGGAUGAAACAGAUGAAGCAGAGGAAACAAUCAAGAUGGAAAAUGUGAAUAAUGAGAAAAAUCGAAUUACUCAUAAUUAUGAUAAUCAAACAACUGAUAUAGUAAAAAUGAAAAGUAAUCUUUCAAAUUAUACAAAUCAAAAUGAUCAUAGUAAAUCUCAAAAUUAUGAUGAAUUUGAUUCAAAAAGUGGAAUAAUCUAUCAAAAAUUAGAUUCUUUCAAAAAACCAUACACGCACACAAUCACAACAACAACUACUAACAUUACUACUAAUACUAUUACUACUGUAACCACUACCAAUUCAACUAUACCAUUAACUGUUAAAUUAAAUAUUCAUAAAGAGAAUGAAAAUAAUUUAGAAAUGUCCAAAGAUGAAACAAUGCGUAAUUUAGCUAGACGUACACUAGCCAUUGGUAUACCUGGAUUACAUCCAUCCAAUCAUAAAACAUUAUUUAUAUUCUCUGAAGAGAAUGCAAUUAGAAAAUAUUCAAAAAUUAUCAUUGAAUGGGGAUAUCCUUUUUUCUUUGCUAAUUUUUCAUGAUAGUCAUUCAUACAUUGAAAUGAUGACAGCCACGUCAUGAUUAUCAUAGAAGGGAGUUAUUGUUUUAUUGGUCUUUUAUGUUUAAAUGUUCCAAUUAUUUGUUUUUCCUGAAUGGUGACAAAUUAUUAUUAUUAGUUAGAU